UAUAUAAUACCAUGACAACCACAUGGGUACACUGAUUUGCCGAAUUUGAAAUUUACGAUUUCUACUGUUUUUUUUUGUUUUUCUUUUUGUUCGUUGAUUUAAACGAGUGUAUUUUGUUGUGUUCACUGGACUAAACUGUAAACACUAAACAGUGGACGAUUGUGUUGUUGAUGAAUGAUGUUGUUGUCCAUACUCCAUACUGUUUCUACUCUAUAGCUUCGUUGUUCAAUAGAUUAUUCAAUUUUGUUGAGAUUUUCAGUUUUCACCUACAAAUUUACAUUUAUUUUGUUUUCGUUUUUGAUAAACAUAACGUUACAAAUUAAUCUCAGAAAUGGUUUCAUUGAAUCCCGUACGUAUUUUGAAACAUCAAGCUGAAGAAGAUCGAGGGGAAAAUGCACGUUUAUCUAGUUUCAUCGGUGCUAUUGCCAUUGGUGAUUUAGUCAAAAGCACACUAGGUCCAAAAGGUAUGGAUAAGAUACUCAUUUCUGUUGGUCGUGGCGGUAUGAAUUCCAAAAUUGAAGUUACUAAUGAUGGUGCAACAAUUUUAAAAAAUAUUGAAGUGGAUAACCCAGCUGCUAAAAUAUUAGUUGAUAUGUCUAUGGUUCAAGAUGGUGAAGUUGGUGAUGGCACUACGUCUGUCACUGUUUUAGCUGCAGAAUUAUUACGUGAAGCUGAAAAAUUAGUUGAUCAAAAAAUUCAUCCACAGAUUAUUAUUGCUGGAUGGAGAAAGGCAACACAGAUAGCACAUGAAGCUUUAUUGGCAGCUUCAUUAAAUCAUAGCGAAAAUGAAACUGAAUUUCGGGAAGAUUUAUUAAAUAUUGCUCGCACAACAUUAAGUUCUAAGAUCUUAUCUCAACAUAAAGAACAUUUUGCCAAACUAUCAGUAGAUGCCAUCUUGCGUCUAAAAGGAUCAGGAAACUUGUCAGCUAUACAAAUUAUAAAGCUAAAGGGUGGUUGUUUGGAAGAUUCAUUCUUAGAUGAAGGUUUUCUUCUUGACAAAAAGAUUGGCCAAUAUCAACCAAAACAUUUAGAAAAUGCUCGUAUAUUAAUAGCAAAUACACCUAUGGAUACUGAUAAAAUAAAAGUUUUUGGGUCUCGUAUCAAAGUAGAUUCCAUGGCAAAGGUUGCAGAACUUGAAUUAGCAGAAAAAGAAAAAAUGAAAGACAAAGUUAGCAAAAUACUUGCGUACGAAUGUAAUGUGUUCAUAAAUAGGCAAUUGAUCUACAAUUAUCCAGAACAACUUUUUGCUGAUGCCGGUAUUAUGGCUAUUGAACAUGCUGAUUUUGAUGGCAUUGAGCGUCUAGCAUUAGUUACUGGUGGUGAAAUUCUGUCAACUUUUGAUUCUCCUGUGAAAGCUAAGUUGGGUACUUGUGAACUUAUUGAAGAAAUAAUGAUUGGUGAAAGCACAUUGUUACGUUUUUCUGGUGUGGCUCUUGGUGAAGCUUGUACUAUUGUUAUUCGUGGAGCUACUGAACAGAUAAUUGAUGAAGCUGAUCGUUCUUUACAUGAUGCUUUAUGUGUUUUAUCAUCUACUGUACGAGAGCCAACUAUUGUCUACGGCGGAGGUUGUAGUGAAAUGUUGAUGGCAAAUGCUGUAAGUGCUGAAGCAGCCAAAACUCCAGGCAAAGAAGCUGUAGCUAUGGAAGCAUUUUCUAGAGCAUUACAAUCUCUUCCCAUCACUAUAGCUGAUAAUGCUGGCUUAGAUUCAGCACAGUUAAUAAAUGAAUUAAGAGCUGCUCAUGCUCUCGGAAAAAAUAAUAUGGGACUUGAUAUGGAAAAUAAUUGUUUGGGAAGCAUGCAAGAGAUUGGAAUCACUGAAUCUUUUGUUGUUAAAAGGCAAGUACUUGUAUCUGCUGUAGAAGCUGCUGAAAUGAUUCUUCGUGUAGAUUGCAUCAUCAAAGCUGCUCCAAGACAGCGAGUUGAAGAUCGUGGUCAUUGUUGAAUAUAAUAACAUAUUGUUCAAAAGUUAAUUUUAAACCAACACAUUCUGAUAUCAUUAUAAGACUGCUUUAAAAGUUUUUUUUUUUCAUAAUUUCAUUUAUUUUCAAUUUCA